AUGGCCGUCGGCACAACGCACGGUACACCGACGGCCACCCUCGGCGCAUCCGCGGCCGUCAGCCCAGCUAGGUGGAGCCCGAAGGUCACCGUCGCCACAUCUGCAACCGUCGCCGAGCCGUCGGCCAGAGAACCCCAGCUUAAGUGGGGUCGACGCGGGCCGCCUGCCUCAUCCCCAAACGCCCUUCCCCCGCGCCCACGCCCUUCCCCCGCGCGCGCCGCCGCCGCCCUGCCCCGCGCGCCGCCGUCCUCCCGACCGCCGCCGCCUGCGCGCCGCGCCCACGCCCUGCCCCGCGCCGCCGCCGCCUGCCGCCGCCACGCCGCCGCGCCCACGCCCUCCCCGGCCCGUGCCCACGCCUGCCCAGCGCGCCGCCGUCCUCCCGGCCCGCCGCCCUGCCCCGGCGCCGCCGCCGUCCUCCCCGGCCGCCGCCUCUGCCGCCGCUACUGCCGCUGCCGCGCCACGCCCUCCCCGCCCGCGCCCACGCUCGCCUGCCCACGCGCGCCGCCGUCCUCCCGGCCCGCCGCGCUGCCCGCACCGCCGGCCGUCCUCCCCGGACCGCCGCCCUCUCCGGCCGCUCGCCGCCUGCCGCCAUGCGAGUCCCGCCGCAGCCAUCCACCGCGCAGUCCCCGCAGCCACCCUCUGCCCCAG